AUGGAUGUCAGCGGUCAAGAAAUGAGUGCCCAGAAGUAUCUGGCUGUUGCGGAGCAUUCAAACGUCGAUAAUAGGGAAUCGGUCAAGGCAGUGACCGAUGAACAGUCAGAUGACAGAUGCGAGGUUUCUACAGAACAGGUAAUGCACGGAAAUCUAAUGAAUCGAGACAUCUGUUCGAUGGAAAGGUCAUCAAGAGAAUCGGAAAACGAACUGUCUGACCAAUUCGCCAUCGACACUACCCGGGGAAGCAUUCGACGUCCGCUGGCCCCCCCGAUCGGGUCAGUGUACGAUGCAAAAUUGUACGUACCGGUGGACCGUUUUCCAGAGGUGAACAUCGUCGGCCGAAUCAUCGGUCCUAAGGGUAUGAACAUCAGGCGAAUAGAGCAGAUGACGGGUUGUAAGAUUUCGAUCCGUGACACCAUCGUAGUGAAGAAGGAUCUAAUCGAAGGCAGCAACGACAACCAGGAUGGAAACCGAAAUACGUUUCAGUACGUGAGACAACCUUACGCGCUUAUAACAUGCCAAGACAAGAAGAAUCGACCUUUUAAAGUGAUGCAUGCCAUAGAGGAAUUGGGAAACAUGAUGAAAGUGCCAAAACGACGAAAUUCUAUCUGA